CUUGAGCGCUCGAAGGGGUGCUCUUGCUAAACCCUAGGGCUUAAGUCCCUGGAGCGAAUGCUCGAAGUGGUUUGUUGCGGAGGCGAUGCGAAAGGGAUCAGAUCAAAUUAUCGCCCAGCGUCGUGAGUGAACGCCCGGGUUUUUCAGUUUCGUGGAUCGGGUUUUUGCGCGUGAUCGAUCGGUGGAGUGAUUGCGGAUGGUUGGCAUGGCGACUCUCGCGCUGUUGCCUACUGCGAGGCCCACUCCAGCAGCAGGUGCAGUCGCGGAGCGCAGUGCCGUUUCUAGUCGUGCUCACAAUUCCGUGCGAGUUUUGGCCGGACCUGUGAAAUCGGAGCGAGCUUUAGCUUCCGCUCGUGCUCUUUUCAAGGGGAAGAAUGCUGGACAGUCGGAAUUAUUCGGGGAUGUUGUUCUAGUUAAGCUUCCCGAGGCAUCAAAGAGGCCAUUCAGUAAAAUUUGCGCCACACUAGCCUCAAAGGAGUCCUUGCAAGCCAAAUCAGAAUCUGUCGGAGGCAUCGACACUAAAGUGCAGCACCUGUACCGCCAGCCAUUUCUUGCGGAGAAUGCCACUGAGGCACUUUUGAGGCUGGUUAAGCAAAAAGUCUCUGGCGAUGUCGAGUCUAUCAAAACUGAACAGUGCUACAAUAUUGCAUUAAGGGCUCCAAUUAGUCGUGAGAAGCAAGAUGUCCUCACGUGGCUGCUUCGAGAAACAUACGAACCAGACCAACUUCAAGCUUCAAGUUUUUUGGACUCCCAGAAUGCCACUGGAGGAAAUGGGGUUGUGGUCGAAGUGGGACCUCGAUUAUCUUUUACCACUGCGUGGUCAGCAAAUGCAGUUUCAAUAUUCUCUGCAUGCGCAUUACCAGAAGUCUCACGAAUAGAGAGGUCACGGAGAUAUCUAUUGUCUGUACGAGAUGGUGCUGCUCCUCUUGAUCAAGACCAGCUGGAAAAAUUCGCGGAGCUGGUACACGACAGGAUGACGGAGUGUGUGUACUACUCAAAAUUGGAGACAUUUGAGACCGACACUGUUCCUGAACCAGUCAUUGAGUGUCCCGUUCUUGAGAAAGGAAGGGCAGCUCUUGAGGAAAUCAAUAUCAGGAUGGGUUUAGCGUUUGACGACUUCGAUCUUGAGUACUACACAAACCUUUUUCAAAACGAUAUGAAGCGGAAUCCCACAAAUGUGGAGCUUUUUGACAUUGCACAGUCUAAUAGUGAACACAGUCGACAUUGGUUCUUUAAGGGAGAACUCAUCUUAGACGGCCAGCCUGCACCGAAGAAUCUCAUGGAUCUUGUCAAGGACACUUUACGCGAGAACCCCAAUAACUCAGUGAUAGGGUUCAAUGACAAUUCCAGUGCUAUACGCGGUCGGGUAGUCGAGCCGUUGCGUCCUUCGGCACCUGGGACUCCAUCUCCUCUGUCAACUAUCAAACGUGACCUUGACAUUCUUUUUACUGCAGAGACUCACAAUUUUCCUUGUGCAGUUGCUCCUUUCCCUGGUGCUGAAACUGGUGCUGGUGGUCGUAUCCGUGACACACAUGCCACAGGAAUUGGAUCCCUCAUUGGGGCUUCAACGGCAGGAUAUUGUGUUGGCAAUCUCCAGAUGGAGGAUUCGUUUGCUCCUUGGGAAGAUAAUAGCUUCGAGUAUCCAUCUAACCUGGCUUCUCCCCUCCAGAUUCUUCUUGAUGCUAGUGACGGUGCCUCUGACUACGGCAACAAAUUUGGCGAGCCUCUCAUACAGGGUUACACACGAACAUUUGGUAUGCGACUCCUCAACGGAGAACGAAGGGAGUGGCUUAAACCAAUUAUGUUCAGUGCUGGGAUUGGUCAAAUUGAUCAUCAACACUUGAAAAAAGAAGACCCUGAAGUGGGAAUGCUCGUAGUCAAGAUUGGGGGGCCUGCCUAUCGCAUUGGAAUGGGUGGUGGUGCCGCGUCUAGCAUGGUGAGUGGGCAAAACAAUGCAGAGUUGGACUUCAAUGCUGUACAAAGAGGAGACGCAGAGAUGUCACAAAAGUUGUACCGAGUUGUGCGCACAUGCGUAGAAAUGGGAGACAAGAACCCAAUUGUUAGUAUACAUGAUCAGGGUGCCGGUGGUAACUGUAACGUUGUGAAGGAGAUCAUAUAUCCAAAGGGUGCAGAGAUUGAUGUGCGUGCAGUAGUUGUGGGUGACAAAACAAUGUCUGUUCUUGAGAUUUGGGGAGCAGAGUAUCAAGAACAGGACGCGUUGCUUAUUAGGCCUGAGAAUGAAAGCUUGCUGCGUUCAAUCUGUGCAAGAGAGCGCGUGUCUAUGGCAGUUCUUGGGAGUAUCAGUGGUUCAGGACGAGUUGUACUUGUUGAUAGUGAGGCAAGAAAGCAGGCGGCAGCCUCUGGCCUCCCAGAGCCCAGGCCUGCCGUGGAUCUUGAUCUUGAAAAAGUUCUCGGAGAUAUGCCCAGGAAGAAUUAUCACUUCACUCGAGCUCAACCUGUUUUGGAGGCGUUGGAUAUUGCACCAGGAUCAACUGUUUUCGAUGCCCUGAAUCGAGUGUUUCACCUGCCAUCUGUGUGUUCGAAGCGCUUUCUGACCAGCAAGGUGGACAGAUGUGUUAGUGGACUUGUGGCACAACAACAGACCGUGGGACCACUGCAACUGCCGCUGGCAGAUGUCGCUGUGUACAGCCAGACAUACACAGGCAUCUCCGGUGGAGCGUGUUCAAUCGGAGAGCAGCCCUUGAAGGGCUUGUUGGAUGCUAAGGCAAUGGCCAGACUGGCCCUUGGAGAGUCAUUGACCAAUCUUGUAUGGGCUAAGGUCACCGCGUUGAAGGACGUGAAGGCUAGUGGAAAUUGGAUGUACGCCGCUAAACUCGAUGGUGAAGGAGCAGCGAUGUACGAUGCCGCAGAGGCUCUUCGGGAGGCCAUGAUUGCGUUGGAAGUAGCCAUUGACGGUGGUAAGGACAGUCUCUCGAUGGCUGCUCAGGCAGGAGGAGAGACCGUGAAAUGCCCGGGAAAUCUUGUUAUCAGUUCCUAUGUUACAUGCCCUGACAUUACGAAGACAGUGACUCCAGAUUUGAAGCUCGGAGAUGAAGGAGUUUUGCUGCAUAUCGAUCUGGCCAGGGGCAAACGCCGCCUUGGAGGUUCCGCUUUAGCUCAAGUUUACGAUCAGAUAGGUGACGUUUGUCCUGAUGUCGACAUUCAUCAUUUGAAGGCAGCUUUUAACGCCGUUCAGGUGUUAUUAGAUAGGAGGGCGAUUGCAGCUGGUCAUGACAUUAGCGAUGGUGGAAUUAUCACUGCAUUAUCGGAGAUGGCAUUUGCUGGCAACUGUGGUAUUGUCGUAGAUUUGCCUUCGCCAGCUGAUGAUAAUUCCCAGCUUGCUCCAUUCUCAACUCUGUUUGCGGAGGAGCUUGGACUUUUGUUGGAGGUUAAGCGCAGUGACAAGGAUGCAAUUCUAGCCGAGCUUGAAGCAGCGGGUGUCACUUGUAGUGCUAUUGGGAAAGUCACAAGUGAUCCGAAGAUAGUAGUUUCGGUUGAUGGAGAAGUGCACGUAGACAAACCAACCUCCUACCUUCGUGACUUGUGGGAAGAGACUAGUUUCACUCUCGAGAAAUUGCAGAGGUUGGAGUCUUGUGUCGAGCAAGAGCAGCAGGGGCUUAAGGACAGGACGACACCAACCUGGGAGCUUUCUUUUACACCAUCCAAAACUGAUGAGAAGUACAUGAAUAGCACUGUAAAGCCCAAGGUAGCCAUCAUCAGGGAAGAAGGAAGCAAUGGUGACCGAGAAAUGUCAGCCAUGGUACUGGCGGCUGGUUUUGAGCCUUGGGAUGUAGCCAUGUCAGAUCUUUUGGCUGGCAAAGCCUCGUUGAAGGAUUACAAGGGUAUAGUCUUCGUCGGUGGUUUCAGCUAUGCUGACGUGUUGGACUCGGCCAAAGGAUGGGCAGGCACAAUCCGAUUCAAUGAGGUUCUGCUAGAGCAGUUUCAAGAAUUUUACAACCGCUCAGACACCUUCAGUCUUGGUGUCUGCAACGGUUGUCAGUUGAUGGCAUUGCUCGGAUGGGUCCCAGGAGCGGAUGUAGGAGGAACUUUGGGUGCAGGUGGGGACACAGCACAGCCUCGGUUUGUUCAUAAUGAGUCUGGACGAUUUGAGUGUAGAUUUUCGUCUGUAAGGAUAGAAAAGUCCCCUGCUCUGAUGCUCCAGGGGAUGGAGGGUACCAAAGUGGGCGUCUGGGUUGCUCACGGAGAGGGUAGGGUUCUUUUCCCAGAUGCAGCAAUUAGAGAUGUAAUAGAGAAGGACUCUCUUGCACCUAUUAGAUACUGCGAUGAUUCAGGAGAGGCAACGGAGGCCUAUCCAUUCAAUCCCAAUGGUUCACCCCAGGGUAUCGCUGCCUUGUGUUCACCCGAUGGUCGGCAUCUGGCACUCAUGCCACAUCCUGAGCGAUGUUUCAUGAUGUGGCAGUUCCCCUGGUAUCCCCAAGAAUGGUCAACUUUGGACCGCAGUGGUCCAAGCCCGUGGCUGAAAAUGUUUCAAAAUGCGCGAGAGUGGUGUGAUCAGUAAGUCUGCAACUGUACAUGCCCAAGAUUUUGUUCCAAGAUUCAUAGUCACCCAAUUUUGAGAUAUUUUUCUCCUCGCUCAAUCUUUAAUAAAAAUAUUCUACUCACUUCUU